AUGGACAGUCCAGUGUCGGGUGCAUCUCUCUGUCGGCGCAACAGCAAACUGGAGACGUUUCUUAAGAGGAAUGCUCCCCGGGACGCGCACGAGCGCAUUCGGUACUACGAGGCGUGUGUGGUGGUUUCAGAGGAUCUUGACAAGGUGUUCAUGCAUGUUGUGCUCACUGAUGACUCCAUUUACCUGACCGAGUAUCAUCCCAGAACUCUCCUCAGGGUUCUUCACUUCAGCCUCAUUCUGCACCUCGAGCUGAUCAAUGAUCUACCUGAAUUCCUCAGUGGCAAAGACCAAGAGCAGUCAGUUCAUAUACGUGUUGUACAUACACAUGUGAAGGAUGUCGUGAAAUAUGGCUCAAGAGACCGGGCCAAGCCUCAGUCUGCUGUCACAUCACGUCAACAAGACAACUACAGCCACAGCUGCUCUCCACAGGGAACCAGCAGAGUUCAGCAGAGUCCUGAGUGCAGAACGUCUCCAUCUUCUAGCAGAGAUGACGGAGAUGUACACAAGAGCAACAGAAAGCCUACAAGCUCCGUCCUGGCCAGACUGAAACAAAGAGCAGCCGGGGAAAGAGAGAAGAAAACAGAGGACGAAGAGAAGAGGGAGGCUGAGCUUCAUCUGUAUGCUGUGAUGCACAUGUCCCAGAUAUAUGUUCACCUGCAGAGAUCCUGGAACAGUUAUAUCAUGAAAUCCACACUGAUGCUGAGUCCAUGCACCGUGUCAUCUUCUCCUUCAGCCAAGACACACAAACACAAACUCAGCUGGGAGCGGACAUGCCAGCUGUUCAGCCAGCUGAGUGGAGAGCUGUUACAGGAUGAGCUCAGCUUGGAGAGUUUGUACCUGCUGCUUCAGGAGCUCUGCACUGCUGCCCGUCACAACCCCGGGGUCAGAACACUCUUCUGGAGGUCGCCUGAGCUCUAUUCCUUCCUGGUGAAGACACUGGCCUCUCAGGACAGACUGCACACAGCUGACAGGCUACUCCUUUCCAUGUUAGUGGUUCAGACCAUAAGCCUGAUGUUUGGUCAGACGGAGAAAGGACCUUCUCACUCAUUAACCUCCAAGCAGUCAGUAACCUCACAUUUUAUCACUGGACCAUAUGACUGGACGGUGUAUAUUUAUAGAAACGUGAUACCUUUGGUACCUUUACUGUGUUCCAGGGGAAGUGUAACAGCAGCCCUGCUCUUGGCUUUGGUGUGUGAUCCUGAAUUAAAGCCCCACAACUGCACUUCUGCAUCUCACACAGAGCUACAGGUCUUACAAGCUGAGUAUCUGGAUGCAGCGGCUGUUCUGCUGUUUGAGGUGGUGAUGUUUUGUCAGGAAUCGAGUCGGACCCAGAAUGUAGGACAUGUUCUGACUGUGGCCUGGCUUUUUCAAACACUUAAAGCUCACCCUUUCUUUCUCCUGUUUAUGGCUUAUCAGGCCCAGCAUGUGAUCCUGGCUCUGUCCAGUUCGUCUGAAUCUCCCUUGAGCUCAUCGCAGGCCGUCCUCCUGUACCAGCGGUGCUAUCUGCUCCUCACCUGCAUGCAGCACAACACCAGCGUGAACAGAUACAUCAUCACAGAGCUCAGAGAAGAGUUCAGGUAUUACAUCAGACAAGCAGGGUUGGAGGACAAGCUUCCCCCUCACUAUCCCAUCAGCAGUCCAGCACAGCAUCUCCUCUCUCAGCUGCUCAGCCUGGUGCUGGACAAAACCUGAACUCUGACCUUAAUCCAUCAGUUUAAUCAUGACGACACAAUCCACACUCUCACAUUUCCACAAAUAUCCUGCAAGUGCUGAAUAAAUUGGUGUUUGAAAUGAGCAAAAGGUCUACUUUGUAAAUAUGAAGGAACUCUGGAAAUAUUUACUUUUAUUUAUUUGUCUCUGACUCGAUGAUUAUAUGCUACAUUUUAUAUUCAUUCAGGUAUUAUUCCAUAUUAAUCAUGAUUAAAGAUUUCUUAAA